AUGAUUAACGAGACCCAACGCCCAGCAGCCCUUACACUGACAUCCGAUACAGAUUCGACGGCGGAUUCAACCUCAUCUCGUCUUCGUUCUCUCAAAAAGAGUACUACCACCCGCGUGCGAGAAUUUCAAUUUUUAUUGCUGGUAAUAUCUAUCUAUCUAUCUAUCUAUUUCAGUAUUUUAAUUGCUGGUAAUAUUUUUAUCUAUCUAUCUAUCUAUCUAUCUAUCUAUCUAUCUAUCUAUCUAUUUCAGAGGACAUCUGAGCUGACGAGGUCACGCCAGGUUGUACCCUGCUUUUGUCAAAACCUGUCACCAUAUUUGACUGCGUCAUAUGAGGUAUCCAUUGAGCGUCUCAUAUUUGUACCUCUCUUUGUUGGCAUGAUCUCUCUCUCUCUCUCCCUCCAUCCCUCUCUCCCCUUCUCUAUCAAUAUUUUUUUAUCUAUCUAUCUAUCUAUCUAUCUAUCUAUGAAUUUCAUCAUAUUUUUUAUCUAUCUAUCUAUCUAUCUAUCUAUCUAUCUAUCUAUCUAUAUCUAUUUCAGUAUAUAUUGA